AUGGAGAACCAACACAUCGACUUUGACGGGGCCAUCUACGCCGUAGACGGUGCCUUCGACCCUUCCUUCGACCCAAACCGCCAGACAUACGCCUUUUCGCCCUCCUGGCCGCUGCCUCUCUCACCCGGCAGUAUGCACCACCAACACCACCACGACGGCGCGCAGCCGUCGUCCCAGCACCACCAGACCCAGACGCAGAAUCAGCAGCAGCAGCAGCAACACCAGAACCAGCGCCGCAUCACCAGUGCGAGCGCCUCGACUGCACAGCACUCGACGACGACAACCAUGGCUCCCCUCCACCAAUCCAUGGGCCUUGGCUUCCCCGCCGCCAUGCAACCCAUGAAUCCGAUGCUCGCAACCUGGAUGAACAUCAACACCGACACCAGCUUUGGCCAGGACAACUUUGCGCAGGGCUCCUUGGGCUUGGGCACCGACUUCAGUGCCACGUACGGAGGGCCCCUGCAGACGUCGCCCGUCGAGUUUGGCAUCAACUCGCAGGUUAUGCUCAACUCCAUGUCCAUGGCCCCCAUGAGCUUCAUGACGACGACCAGCAUGGAGCUGCCCACGCUGACCACGGCGCCCUUCCAGAUGGCGGAUUUCCAGCACGAGUUCACCAACAUGUCCACGACGCCCGACUACACGGGCAACUCCAACGUCGCCACGGCAAACAGCGUGUCGACGGGCUCGCCGGGCGAGAACUGGAUGGAGAUCCGCUCGCUCUCGAGCAGCGACAACGGCUGGGUCGACGUCGGCUUCAACCACCGCAACUCGUACGACUACUCGGACAGCUCGGCCAUCAUCUUCAACCCGGCCCAGUCGCUCCACAUCCGCACUGGCUCCGACUCGUCCAACUCGAAUCAGUCGGACGUGCCCCGCUCAGCGCACUCGUUUAGCAGCUUCGAGGACAUCCAGUUCCCCAUGCACUCGCCCCAGUCCGAGACGGACAACACGCUCGAGCUCGUUCACUCGCAUACCCACUCGGACAACUGCAGCCACAGCCACGGCUACCAGCUCAGCGACCACGACUUCCCCAGCUACAUCUCCCCCACUCAGUCGGUCAGCCCCCCCAUGGCCCGUGUCGAGCCCAUUACGAUUAAGCAAUCAUCGUCCAACACGGCCUCGCCGACGUCGUCAGCCGUCAGCUCGCCCCCGGCCCGCCGCCGGAAAUCACCCAUCACGGCGACGGGAUCCAAGCCCACCAAGACGAUUGUCAAGAAGACGCCUGCGCACACCAACAAGAAAGACGCCACAGGCGAGAAGCGUGUGGGUAGGAGACGCGGGCCCUUGAGGCCCGAUCAACGUCAGCAGGCUCACGAGAUCCGCAAGCUCCGUGCGUGCCUGCGAUGCAAGUUCCUCAAGAAGACGUGUGACAAGGGCGAUCCGUGCGCUGGCUGCCAGCCAUCUCACGCGCGUCUCUGGCAGGUCCCGUGCACGCGCAUUGACAUCAAGGACAUUGCCUACUUCAUGAAGGACUGGAAGGCCGAUUACGAGCGUCACGUCAGCCUUGGCUUCUCCAUCGGCAACAUCAAGGGCUUCUCGACAUCAGAGCGCCUGAUCUACGUCACCCACGGCUAUGGCCACUACCUGCCCAUCAUGGCUCGCGAGGUCUAUGUCCGCGACGAAAAGUGCUUCGGCGUCGACUGGCAUGAGACGCUCAAUGGCCUCCAUUUUGAGAUCAACACGGCCAAGCUGUCUGCCGGCAUGGAGGGCAUCUCGCGUGCCAUGCUCUCCGACUACCUCGACCGCCACAUUGACGGCGGCUUCGAGCAGUUUGUUGACGAGUACUUUGAGGGCACCUACUUUGUGACGGAGCUCCUCAAGACGGCGUACCGCUUCUACUGCCGCGAGAAGCUUCCUGUGAUCCGCAAGGCACUCAAGCUUGUCCUCGCGUACAACCUGACGCUCCACGUCACCAUGGUGGAGGGUCUGGGUGAGGAGGACAACACGCCCGGCAAGGUCGAGGACCAGCAGUCCAAGUUCUCUGGCAAGACGAUUGCCCCCGUCAUGAUCAACUUCCAGGUCAAGUGUGCUCUUGCCGACAUGUGGCGUGAGCUGCAAAAGGACGUGCUCGAGGAGCUCUCGUCGCUGUACCAGUCGGUCUACAGCGGUGACAAGCUAAAGAACUGGCCCACCAUCUUCAUGCUCGCGGCCAUCCUCUUGGCUGUCUGGGAGCUGAUCCAGUUCGACUGCAACUACCGUGUUCCCGACCUCGCCGCCGUCAACAAGUUCUGCGGCGAGAUGGAAGGCACACCGGUGGGUGUCAUUGUUGGCCUCUUCUCGGCCAUCUCGCAGAAGCUCCCUGCUUUCACCGAGUGGGACUCGAGGAAGCACCACCACCUGCUCAACUCAAAUCCUGCCGUGUGCGAUGCCAUGACUGAAGUCCGCGCACACGUCACCAAAUAUGAACCAUACCUCCGAUCGAGAAGUGACUGCAAGUUCGACCGCCAGGACUUUGACUCACUAUCCAACAAGUUCCUCUCGAAGCUCGUCAUCAGAGCCAACUAA